AGCGCAUGACGGAGUUUCUUCCAGCCCAGAAACGAAAGCACACCUUUGGACUGGACGACUUUCACAAACUGGGAAUACUGGCUAAUAUACUACUUGCAUAGUGCAGAGACAAUGUCACCAGGAAAGACGCAGGAUGGGAGGGUAAUAGACUAUCAAGAGCUGCAGCGGCAUAACAAAGCAACCGACUGCUGGGUCGCUCUUCACGGCCAGGUUUACGAUUUGACAUCCUUUCUGGACGAACACCCGGGCGGGCGACGUUUGAUUCUUGCGCAAGCAGGGACUGACGGAACCGAAGCCUUCGAGGAAGUUCACUCGAAGGAUGUCAUAAGUCGGACGUUGUCGCCGGAAACCCUCAUUGGUGCUCUUGAUCAGGAGACGGUUCCAGAGAAAGCCGUGAAGCUGCCCGGGUCGCAACCGAAAGGCACAAUGGCCGAGGAGGGAAAACCGGACUUGGCUCGGGUGCUGAACAUGUACGAGUUUGAGUACAUUGCACGGAAGACGAUGAAGAAGGGUGCUUGGAACUACUAUUCAUCUGGAACCGACGACGAAAUCACAUUGCGAGAAAACACGAGUGCCUUCCAACGGGUGUGGCUCAUCCCCCGAGUCCUGGUAGACGUGUCCCGCAUCAACUUCGAAACCACAAUCCUCGGAUACCCCUCCUCCGCUCCAUUCUACAUGACCGCAACGGCGCUAGGAAAACUGGGGCACAUGGAGGGAGAACUGGCGUUGACACGCGCAGCGGGGAAAUCCAAGAUCAUCCAUAUGCUUCCGACGCUAUCGUCGUUCUCGUUGGAUGAGAUGACGGCGGUGCGAGGGCCGGAUCAAGUCCAGUUCUUUCAGCUGUAUGUGAACAAGGACAGGAAGAUCACGGAGCGGAUCGUCAAGCAGGCCGAGGCGAGGGGGUGUAAGGCUUUGUUCAUCACUGUGGAUGCGCCUGCAUUAGGCAACCGCGAAAAGGACAUGCGCACAAAAUUCGUCGACGACCGGCCCGCCGAAAUGGAAGAAAAAGACGUAAAACGCUCCGAAGGCGCCGCGCGCGCCAUUUCCACCUUCAUCGACGACACCCUCUGCUGGGCCGACAUCCCGUGGUUCAAACGCAUCACACACCUCCCCAUCGUCCUCAAAGGCAUCCAAUGCGCCGCCGACGCCGUCCUGGCCGCCCAACACGGCGUUGCGGGGAUCGUGCUAUCCAACCACGGCGGGCGGCAGUUGGAGACUGCCCGAUCGGGGCUGGAGAUCUUGCCGGAGGUCAUGGCCGCCCUCAAAAGCUACUACGCAGACCACCCCGGGCCGGAGAUGGAAGUCUACAUCGACGGCGGGGUCCGGCGCGCAACCGACGUGAUCAAAGCCCUCGCGAUGGGCGCCAAAGCCGUGGGCAUCGGUCGGCCGUUCCUGUACGCCAUGAGCGCGUACGGGCAGCCAGGAGUCGAGAAGGCGAUACAGCUGCUAAAGGAUGAAAUGAACAUGGCGUUACGGUUGCUGGGGGCGCCGACGUUGGCGCAUUUGAGACCUGAUAUGGUGGAUGCGAGGAACUUGGGGUUGCAUGUCGGACCGCCGAUUAGGAAUUACCUUUCGGAGGCGGUUUAUGAGCCGUUGGCUUUUGGGAAUCAUAAACUGUGAUUUAGCGCUUCGGGGAUGUUGUGUGCGUAAUAGCGCAUGGGGGCCAUAGUUUCUAUUAGCAUAGUCAUCAUUGUCGUAUAGAUGCAACACCGUAUGUGGGAAUACAUUGAAAAAUGGUGCAGAAA